CCCUAACUGCGUCACCUAGUAGUAAAAUGUAACAAUGAAUGAAUAAAUAAAUAAAGAUGGCCGAUUGCGUCCUCAGUGCAGUGCUCCGUGGAACAAUGUACUUUUAUCAGGAUUUCAUAUAGCCAUUGUGGUGUUAAAGUUGUAAUAUCAGUGCGAUUGUUUAUGUUUUCAUAUAAAAAGUAAGUUUUAUUUCUAAAUAACUGUGCAGUUUUGUCUCAAAUGGACGGAAAUAAUAUUAUCGCUAUAAAAGAUGGCGAUCCGACGCGACCAGGCGAAGUAGACGCGCCAUCUACUGUGGAUGUACCGAAACAAGUUGACGGACUUAUCAAGAAAAAAAGGCGGCGCGGGAAAUCUAAACGUAAAAUCAUGAAACCUUUUUCGAAAAUACCGUGGCAAGAUCGGCGUAAAAAUGAAAAGUCUAAAAGAAAUAAUAGAUUCAGGAAGAUUGUGAUGGCAAAAACUCACGCACCUUUUAAUAACAACCAAUUUUUAAUGGAAAUACAUAAACCAGAACCAGAAAAUUCUUUCCAACUUUUACGAACACCGUCAGCAAGGACUCGCGAUUCAAGUUUUAGUGUGGACUCUGAAGAUAAUUAUUUUUUUUCUUUACCCGAAGACGAAGAGGAAUAUUUGACAAAGGAAUUUUCAAGUGUUUAUGAAGAUGCUCAAAGUGAACGUUUAUCGAAUAUGUCAAAAGAUGAUCUCGUCCAAGAGUAUCUAUUUUUGGAAGCGAAAUAUGAUAAUCUCGUGAAAAGAACUGAACGUUCUAAAGUGAAGUGCAUUGAAGAAGACAAAGACAUGACAGCAAAUGAUAGAGAUACUUCAGUGACAGACAGGGACAGCAUGUUAACUGACAGGGACACUUCAGGCACUUCAGUCGGGUCCAGUGUGGUGGAAGAUCAGUCUUUUAGCGACUUGAUGCUGCGCCUGAAGGAACAGGAAGAACAAAUACGUUUACUACAGGUAGACAAUGAGAAGUUGAGACUUGAAGUUGAACAUUUAAGGCAACAUUCUCAGGAUUCAUCAAGUGCAGACUCAGAAAGUGAUAGUUCAUCCUCAUCAGAUAGUGACAGCAGCUCCAGUGGGAGUGCAAGCCCCAUUGCUGACCCAGCUGGUGAGGAAUAUUUAGUUGAAGACAAUUUGAAUAAUGAAAAUUGUGUUCAUGUUAAUGGCCAAAAUGAAGAGACUGAAGGUUCAGGGGCCCCAUACCCAAUGGUUAAUGGUUGUCAUGAUUCAAAUGAUUAAAUCAGUUGUAUUAAGUUUAAGUAGUCUGUAGGUAAUUUGUUAAGAGCUGUAAAAUUUGUUGGACAGUAUUUAAAAAUCUUUAUUCUGCUUUUAUUUGUGACAGUGGAUAAUUUUACUUCUUGCGGAUAAAUGUGUGAUUAUAAAUACAUGCAUUUAGUGACAUGCUUAUUAUACUAUUAUGUUAUACUUAGCACCCUACUGUACAAAAGUCCUCAAGCAUUCUUUCCUGUAAAACACUGUGGGAAUGUAAAUGUGAGAUCUCAAUUUAGAUUUAGUGAAAUUAUUCUGUGAUAUCCUUGUGGAUAUUUUAUCAGUAGUAAUAUAUUGUAAUAAAUUGUUUUUAUUUCCAAUAAGAUCUCACUUUUAUGUUUUAUACAGUGGGAUAUAAUAAUAAGCUAGCUGUAAGUAAAAAUGUUGUAGUGAGUAAUCAUUUAUUUUGUAUAAUUAUAUAUUCUUAAGUAUAUUUUAUGGACAUUGUUGGAUUUGUUAUGUAUGAGUGUCUUUUUGUUUUAAACCAAAUUUGAACAUGUCAAGUACUUUGUAGAAAUAGAUUUAUAUAAUUUAUGAGACCUAUACUUAUAUUUUAACAGGGAUUGUGUCUGCGCCAUUAAUUACAGUUAUUAUGUCAGAAUUAAUGUACUCUUAUUUAACUGUCCCAUAUUUUUAUCUACAUCAUCUAUUUAAUAACCUAAUUAAAACAACUCUUUUUAAAAGAGGG